GUAUAAAAAACUGACUCACGCGUCCUAGUUUCUCAGAAAAACUGAGAAGGGGAAAGAGAAGUGUAGUCAUCUGGCCGACUGAAGAAUCUUCCUCCAGAAGUUCGUAGAGACGUCGACUGUUACUUUCUUUGCAUUGGUCAAAGGCGGUUUUGGACUUGGUUUCAGGCGGUUAGAAGUAGUUUUUGAAGACGAAAACAGAUUUGGGAGAGGACGGGUUGGUCUAAUCUGGACAGGAGGAAGUAAGGAUACAUUCCGGUAAACUUUUUCGUUCCACCAACAAACAUGGAUUUCAUCAAGGAUUUCUGCAAGGGUUCGUUUGGAUCCUAUCUGUCUGACGCUCAAGAAGGCUUCUUGGAGAAACUUCUGAAGUGUCUUGAGCGGGAGGAGAAGUGGACUAAGGAAGACGCGUGCUGGUUCUACUCCGUAGUGAACGAUGGGGACUUGAAGAACAUGUUGAAGAUGUUGAACCGCCAUGUUGGACAGGUGGACGCCAAGCUGGAGGUCCAGUACAAAAAUAACGACGAACUGAUGGAGUAUAUCUACCAGAAGGGAGACGUUAGACAAGUUGCCCCUGGGGUGUGGCAAAUGAUCUACGACACAGAAUACGUCACCCCGCUGUACGUCACCGCUAAGAACGGGUACGUGGACUGCAUGCGGCACCUGCUGAACCGCCAGGCGGACGUGGACUACGCUCCCAGCGGCUGGACGCCGCUCCACGCCGCGGUGGACGCCGGGCACGUGGACUGCGUCAGGCUGCUGUUGGACUACGGUGCCGACAUCACCACGGAGACAGACGACGGGCUGAUCGUGUUGCACCUGUGCUGUAAGCCUGGGGAACAGUACGUCAGGUGUGCGGAGGUGUUACUCAAGGCCAGCACAGAGCAAAUCAACGAGAAAUCAUGGGAAAAGCAGCAGACUCCUUUGCACAUCGCCGCCAGUAAGGGUCUGGGUGGGUUGGUGGGACUGCUCCUAGAGAAGGGUGCAGAUCCUAACGUUAGGGACCUGGACAAGGAGACUCCCCUACUCCUGGCUGCCUACCUUACCACUGGUGAAGACGGCUAUCUCAUGACCUGUCGGAAACUGGUACAGGCCGGGGCCGACGUCAACGUUCAGGAUAGCGAAAACCAAAUCGCUCUCCACAAAGCCUGUCGUAAUGGUGACGACAGAAUGGCGACGCUUCUGGCCGUCAGUGGGUCCGACAUCAACCACAGAGAUUAUUACUUUAAGACCCCGCUGUUUGAAGCCAUAGCGGCCUCAGAGCUUCUUGCCCGAGGUUACUCCAAGGACGCAGUCAAGGGCAAACCGGAGGGCUGUGUCCAGGCCAUGGUCAACAACGGCGCCUGGAGAGUCUACCCGACGGAGUUUCACCAGAUUCUGGCGCAGUGCGCCGGACAUCCGCCCACCAUCGAAGUGCUGGUCAACUCGUACGCCUCCGUGCACAUCACCGCUCUGUGGCGGGAGUCCAUCCCUGAUGACGUCAUGGAAGAACAUGGCGACUUCUACAGGGCGUUUCUGAGUCUCGGGAAAAGUCCCGCCACGCUGCAACAUCUCGCGAGAAGCUCGCUGAGGAAAGUUUUUGGAAAGAAAUGUCAGAAGGUUGUUGACGGGUUAGCUAUAGCUCCGGGACUGAAGAAGUACAUUCUCCUUGUUCCGGGGGAGGCAGGGAUGCACACAUUUUGGACAAACGCGCCUUUUUCGUCAGGACUGUACAAAAAAUUGCUGAUAUGUUAUAAUUACAAGCACAAUAAUCCAUGUAAGCGAGAAAUCAUGGCAACGCCGUCUACAGAGCUAGAGAUACAAAGCUCUAUUGCAUUAUAUGAUAUUUUCAGGAAAGGUUCUAUAGAUGAAGUCAAAUCACUUUUGUUGGCAGGAAUUGUGUCCGCCAAUGCAGCCGUGGAAACGCCGGAGAAAGACGACGACGAGCUGGUGGAAUAUGUUUUGAAGAAAGGCGAGAUAAGGUUUGUGGGACAAGGUCUGUGGUCCAUGUCUUAUGUGACAGAAGUGACUACUCCGCUCUUCAUAGUGGUGUCCAACGGCCAUGUGGACUGCGCUUCCUACCUACUCCGCAUGAAGGCGGACGUCAACUACGCCCCGACCAACGACGCCCCGCUCCAUGCGGCCUGCAAGCUGGGGAACGCCGAACUAGUGGACCUUCCGCUCGCCUACAAGGCUGACGCGAAUCAGAUGAAUGAGGACGGAUACUGUCCCCUCCACCUCUGCGAUACAGGAUCCUACUACAAGUGCGCUAAAGCAUUAAUCCGCAGGGGGGCGGACAUUGAGGGUGCGUCCUGGUACGAAGGAGACAUGCCUUUACACAAGGCGGCUGAGAAGGGCUUGGAUGACUUGUGUAGCCUGCUGGUAAACCACGGUGCCGACGUGAACGCGAGAAAUGGCAAUGAGGCAACCCCCCUGAUCGUAGCUUGCGAGAAGAGUACGUGUGAAAGUAAAUACGCCAACGCCGUUCGGAAGCUGAUCGCUUUCGGUGCGGACAUAGACGCCCAUGACAGUGACACGGAGGCUGCUCUCCACAAGGCGUGUACAACGGCAGAUUUUGAGGUUGUAAAAGUUCUAGUCGAAGGUGGAGCCGACAUCAACAAGAGGGACUAUGACGGAAACACUCCGCUUUACCAUGCUAUCUGGUCAUCCACGCUAGAGGCGAAGCGGGACCUGGCACAACAGUGCGUCCGAUUUCUUUUCAGCUCCGGGUCCUGGGGCAUCUGGGCUGGGUCCUUCCAUAGAGUGCUGCGGUCAGUAUCCGUGACCCCCGAAGUCAUAGAGAUCAUCUUAAACACGUACGCGAAUAUUCCCAUCUCCUACAAGUGGCGUCAGAGCAUCCCCGAUUACGUUUACGAGGAGAACAAGGACUUUUAUGACUGGCUUUUCAAGAUGGCGCUGUCGCCUCGUUCCCUGAUGCACCUGGCCCGUUUCUCCCUGCGACAGUUCUUGGGCCGCAGGUGUUACCAGGUCUUCAACAGUACUAGUCUCGCUAUCCCUGACCGUCUCAAGCAGUAUCUUCUGUUAGAACCACAAGGCAUUGUACAUUAGAAUGAUAUAUUAUAACAUAUAUAAACCUUCAUCGCAUCGCCUUGUAAUACUAUUUGUUACAGUGUAUAUGAUUAUGUAACUAUUUUCAUCAAUCCUUUUGAAAGCUAGUCAACAUAGGGUAUAAUAUGGAGAUCAUUCUGCAACGCAACAAAACGUGCUGUUUUUUCAAGGCUCUGAUAGACUUAUCACGUUUGCCAUAUCUUUAGGAGACUGAGAUAAUGAUAAAACCAUGAUUGGAUAAUCUAAGAGUCGACUAUUGGUGCAGUGGAAAGUAUCCAUUUGUAACGUUACGCGCUAUCUGCGUUAAAAGUAAGAGUACGGGUGAAAUGUUGUCAAAUGUUAAAUGCAACUUCAUGCUUUAAAUGCGUGCAAAUAGGCUAAAUAUCAACUCUCAUAAUUCCACCGGGUGCCAUAAUGCCGCCAUGAAUU